AUGGCGUACGGUGGGCCACCAGGAAUUCCGCACAGCCAAGGGGGUAUGCAUUUCUCGCCAGUUGCAUCGCUACAGCGCCCAGGUACGGUGUAUCAUGAUUGGGACCAUCCUGCGCGUCUCCCCGCGGAAUCACUGAGGCAUGAUUACGAAUUAGCCAAGCCUAUGGAGACACCGGAAUGCCUCUUCGAGAGAAAUAGCCGGCGUAAUGCCGAAAAGGUGAAGGCCACUACACGGUACCAUUCUCAGAGACGUCCCUCGAACCGUGACGAGUUUGACGGACCCCAUCAGUUGCUGAAGCCACCGUCCCUGCGUGUCAUUGAGGAGCAGGCCAGAGAGCUUCCUCAUCUCCCUACUAAUCUUGAUGUUUCAGAGCAAGAUCGAAUCUUGAACGCAGUUAAUGACCGCUUGUCCCAGUGUGCAUUUGACUUUGUUGCCAAGUACCAGUUCCCCAUCCCUUUGGAAGCAGACAAGAGAGAGGUGAGAAUUCCCUCGGACCGCGAAUGGACCGAAUGGGUAUAUCUCCUGAAAAGGCUGGCCACCAAGCGCCGCAUACCUGCCCGGGUUCUUUACAAUGGCCAAAUCAAACAACUAGUGACAGUAUUGGAAAAUUCCCUGGAAAUGAGACAUGCUGCCAAACAUCAGUCCAGACCCAUCAAGGAUGAUCGCAAUGUGCUCCAGCUCAUCUCAGCCGGCACUCAGGUUGCCAGAAUGCUCAAAGAUGCCAGUGCCAUGGACUAUCUGGACAAACUCUAUAUUGAUACCGAGAAACGUAUCCAUGAGCGGCGCAGCCGGCGAGUGAAAUUCGCCAGCCCUUGA